AUGAUGGAUAAGAUCUGUGGCAAGCGCAUCGUCAAGGGAGUGACAUUGUUCGUGAAUUCUUGGGUUAUUGAUUGGGAUAAGAAGGUGUUUUAUGAUGAAUUUGGAAACUUGGGGGCUUUCAUCCCUGAAAUAUGGCUGAACUUGAAUGGUAGCUUACGUACUGACCUGCCCCUACCUGUGCUAAGCCAAGGUACACGAAACUACCUGGUAAGUAAGUGUCUCUUGAUAACACCUUUAUGGUAUUCGAUUGCCUGUCAGGGGCCUUUAAGAGAGUACCGUUGGAGGAGGCCGACAAUGUGGCCAUGA